AUGCAGGGGAGGACCUGGGCGCUGCGCCUGCUGCUCCUGCUAGGGCUAGGCCUGGGCUCCCAGGAGGCCCUACCCCCACCCUGUGAAAGCCAGAUUUACUGCCACGGGCAGCUCCUGCACCAAGUUCAGAUGGCCAAGCUCUACCAGGAUGAUAAGCAGUUUGUGGACAUGCCUGCUGCCUGUUACCCAGACCAAGUACUGCAGCACUUCAACGAGCUGGCCCAGGCCCACAACCUCAGCAUCCCCCAGCAGCAGCUCAGGGUGUUCGUCCAAGAGCACUUCCAGGCUGUGGGGCAGGAGCUAGAGCCCUGGACCCCCAAGGACUGGAAGGACAGCCCCCAGUUUCUGCAUAAGAUCUUGGACCCCAAGCUGCGAGCCUGGGCAGGGCAGCUGCACCAGCUCUGGAAGAAGCUGGGGAAAAAGGUGAAGCCGGACGUCCUCAGCCACCCCGAGCAGUUCUCUCUGAUCUACUCAACACACCCCUUCAUUGUGCCCGGUGGGCGCUUUGUUGAGUUCUACUACUGGUGCGCAGCCGGGGCCUACGGGACAGGGUGUAGAGGGGUGAUGGAGGGUCUGCUCCUCUCUGAGAUGCCUGAGAAGGUGAAGGGCAUGCCGCAGAACCGCAUUCCUACAGAACCCCUCCCCGAGCUGCCCCGGCAACUUGGGGCCUGGCUCCACCCCAGGGACAACAUUCACACUCUGGCCUUGGAGCUGGGCUUCUGGACUAAGAACAGGAGCAUCUCUGUGAGCUCUGGGGGGAAGAGCUACUUCCUGAAUCGCUAUUACGUCCCUUUUGGGGGACCCAGGCCCGCGUCUUACAGCAAAGAUGUAGAGCUGGCAGCCACCUUGCCAGAAGGGGACCAGGAGGCUCUGUGGGCCAAGCUCAAGGCUGGGGCCGAGUCUGGCUGGGAGUUCUCCUCACGCUGGCUCAUGGGAGGCCCGAACCCCGAUGCACUCAGCAGCAUCCGAACCAGCAGACUGGUGCCAGUUGACCUCAAUGCCUUCCUGUGCCAGGUGGAGGAGCUGAUGAGCAACUUCUACUCUCAACUGGGGAAUGACUCUGAAGCCAUGAAGUACAGAAAUUUGCGAGCACAGUGCGUGGCUGCCCUGAAGGACAUCCUGUGGGAUGAGGAGAAAGGUGCCUGGUUUGACUAUGACCUUGAAAACAAAAAGAAGAACCUCGAGUUUUACCCAUCCAAUCUCGCUCCUCUCUGGGCCCGCUGCUUCUCUGACCCGGGCAAUGUGAACAAGGCUUUGAAAUACCUGGAGGACAGCCGGAUCCUGACCUACCAGUAUGGAAUCCCCACCUCUCUCUGGAAGACAGGCCAGCAGUGGGACUUCCCCAAUGCCUGGGUCCCCCUGCAGGACCUGGUCAUCAGAGGUCUGGCCAAGUCUCCUUCAGCCAGAGCCCAGGAAGUGGCUUUCCAGCUGGCCCAGAGCUAGAUCCGAACCAACUCUGACGUCUACUCCAAAAAGUCAGCCAUGUAUGAGAAGUAUGACAUCAGCAAUGGUGGACAGCCAGGUGGUGGAGGGGAGUACGAAGUUCAGGAGGGGUUUGGCUGGACCAAUGGUGUGGUCCUGAUGCUCCUGGACCGCUAUGGUGACCGGCUGAGCUCGGGGACCCAGACAGCUUUCCUGGAGCCCCACUGCCUCGCAGCUGCCUUUCUGCUUAGCCUCCUGCCUCAGUGACGGGCCUUCACGUCCUCAUCUGGCUCCAGCUCCUGCCAAUUGAACUUCCACAUGA